AUGUUAUUGGCCACUUUUUCAGUGAACGCUCAGGGGCAGGACUGGCAGACGAUUCUCGAUGAUGCAAAGGGUGAGACCGUCUAUUUCCACGCAUGGGGCGGUGACCCGCGCAUCAAUGCCUAUAUCCUGUGGGCAGCCCGUGAAGUGGAGCGCGAUUAUGGCGUUCGCGUGGUUCAUGUGAAAAUCAGUGACACGGCGAGCGUCGUGUCGCAGGUUCUGGCGGAAAAGUCGGUCGGAAAGGCACCCGGCGGUGCCGUCGACCUCAUCUGGAUCAACGGCGAGAACUUCGCCUCCAUGAAAACGAAUGGUCUGCUUGCGGCGCCCGGCUGGGCGCAAACGCUCCCCAACUGGCAAUAUGUGGACGUCGAAAACAAGCCGACGGUGGUCGUUGACUUCACCGUGCCGACCGACGGGCAGGAAAGCCCCUGGGGAAUGGCGAAGCUCGUUUUCAUGUAUGACAGCGCGCGGCUGGACACGCCGCCGUCGACCCUUCGGGAGUUGAUGGAUUUUGCCAGGGACAAUCCGGGCCGGUUCUCCUAUCCCCAGCCGCCCACUUUCUACGGCACGACCUUCCUGAAACAGGCCCUCGUCAAUACGGUCCCCGACAAGACCGUACUGUCCGAACCGGUCGACGAUGCAGGUUUCGACGAAAUCGUUGCACCCCUGUUCGCCUAUCUGGAUGAGCUUCAUCCGCAUUUGUGGCGCAAGGGCAGGGCUUUUCCCAAGAAUGCCGCCGACAUGCGCCAGCUUCUGGCAGACAGCGAACUGGACAUAGCGUUUUCAUUCAAUCCCGGGGAUGCAUCAGGCGCAAUCGCGAACGGCGAACUGCCGGAUAGCGUGCGCACCUUCGUUUUCGACGGCGGCACAAUCGGCAACACUCAUUUCGUCGCCAUUCCCUUCAACAGCUCCAACCAGGCGGGGGCGAAGGUCUACGCGAACUUUCUGUUGAGCCCCAUGGCCCAGACACGGAAACAGGAGCCUGAAAUCUGGGGAGAUCGGACUGUUCUGAAUGUCGACGCACUGCCGGCGAAUGAACGGGCGCUUUUCACAUCCCAGGAUCUUGGCCCCGCAACCCUGGCGCCGGAAGACCUUGGCCCGGUUCUGCCGGAACCGCACCCGAGCUGGGUGAGCGCGUUGGAAGAGGCCUGGACGGAGCGAUACGGUUCAGGGAGCGAGUGA